AUGGCCUACUGGCAUGACCGAUCUGCGACCGGCGCUCUCUCCCCUCGUCCUCCACGGUUCAGACAGAUAACCCUGCUAUACCUGGUGUUGACUGCCUUCGUGAACGUCGCCUCGGCUUUGCAGUCUGUGCCCAGGUCGCCUUGCGAAUCGGUCUGCUCCGACGCAGGCACCCUCGAGAACGAUGUCGUCUGCCUCGAUGCGAAUUACCAGUCCCUGUCGUCCGGUCGAGGGUUCCAGAAAUGCGUGGCAUGUCAGCUGAAUAGCACGGCAGUGGACACAGUAAACAAGUACACAGAUGUAGAAUAUGGCCUGCUGGCCCUGCGGUACACAUUGGCUGGAUGCAUGUUUGCCAUCCCUGAGGACCACAUCUCGAUCAGCAGUCCCUGUCAAGUCAGCUGUGCGCCGCUUAACGACUCGGUCGGCUACCAGGUCACGAACGACAGCACACGGACCAAACCGGGCGGUGAAUUUUGUACGGCUGCUCAAUUCGACGACGUGACCAUCAACAAGUGCGCUCAGUGUUACAGUUUCAUCCCGCAGCAGUUGUUCCUGGCAAAUUUCCUUCAAGCCCUACACAUCGCCUGCCGUGACCCUCCCGAGCCAGGCAAACCAUUCUUCCCCGACGCCGAGGCCAUCUUCAAUGAAACGCUCAUCGCUGGCCCGGCACCCCCGUCAAGCGGCACAAACGGCGACGGAGGCCUCCAGGGCUAUAAGCUCGCCCUGGCGAUCGCUCUCCCCGUCGUCGGCGGCAUUCUCCUCGUCGGCGGCUUCUGCUGGUGUUGUUUCGCCUUCACGCGCAAGCGACGGUACAAGAUGGCGCAGAGUGGGCGGAUGAGCCGCGUGCACGACGCCCACGCCGACACCAGCAGCAGCUUGUACCAGUCGCCCAUGUCGGCGAAGGGCGAGGCCUGGAAGAAGGAGAACCUCCCCUGGGGCGUCGUGGAGCCGGCGCGCGAAAUGCAUGCCAUCUCGCCGACGCUGCUGCACGCGGGCAAGCAUAGUCCCGGGGCCGCCCAGGGGAGAUGGUCGCACCAAAUGGCCGGAACGGGGAACGCCUCGGAGCAGAACACGCCAUUGAGAAGUAGUUUUCAGAGAGACGACGUGGGGCCCGGUCCCGCCCAGGUCAAGGAUCCCAAUCUUCAUGAGCAGUAUUUCGGCGUAGGCGGGGACUCUGAGGAUGAGAGGGGGGACCACGAGCAUCACGUGCCGUUACCUGGUCCCAGCGCUGUCGGUGUCGCGAUUGGGGGCGAGGAAGGGUAUUAUCCUCAUACAGAAGGUCAGUAUGGGUACGCACAAGGCUACCGUCCUGGGCAUGGACACGGUCAAGAGUUUGGACACGGACAGCACCGGGUACAUGACGACGAGAGAGGCCACUUCAUUUAA